GGCACCCCACUCAGAUGGCACUGCCAGCCUUGUCCCGGCGCAGACACAGAGAGGACUUUAGGAAACGCUGAAGAGGGGAUCAUUCAUAAUUUCACACGGAGGAUCCAGACCAAAAUUAAAGAUCUGCUACAGCAAAUGGAAGAAGGGCUGAAGACAGCCGAUCCACAUGACUGCUCGGCUUAUACUGGUUGGACAGGCAUUGCCCUGUUGUACUUGCAGCUAUACCGGGUCACGUGUGAUCAAGCCUAUCUGCUCCGGUCAUUGGAUUAUGUGAAGAGGACCCUUCGGAAUCUGAACGGCCGCAGGGUCACCUUCCUCUGUGGAGAUGCUGGGCCCCUUGCUGUAGGAGCUGUGGUAUACCAUAAGCUCAAAAGUGAUUUCGAGUCUCAGGAAUGCAUCACAAAACUUUUGCAGCUCCAGAGAAGCAUUGUGUGUGGAGAGUCAGACCUUCCUGAUGAGAUGCUUUAUGGACGGGCAGGCUAUCUGUAUGCCUUACUGUACCUGAACACGGAGAUUGGCCCAGGCACUGUGUGUGAGUCAGCCAUUCAAGAGGUGGUCAAUGCUAUUAUUGAGUCCGGGAAGAAUUUGUCAAGGGAAGAGAGAAAAACCGAGCGCUGUCCCCUGUUAUAUCAAUGGCACAGGAAACAGUAUGUUGGAGCAGCGCAUGGCAUGGCUGGAAUCUACUACAUGUUAAUGCAACCAGCAGCAAAAGUAGACCAAGAAACCUUGACUGAAAUGGUGAAACCUAGUAUUGAUUAUGUGCGUCACAAAAAAUUCCGAUCUGGGAAUUACCCAUCAUCCUUAAGCAAUGAGAUGGACAGAUUGGUCCACUGGUGCCAUGGUGCCCCCGGGGUCAUCCACAUGCUCAUGCAGGCAUACAAGGUGUUUAAGGAGGAGAAGUACUUGAAGGAUGCCAUGGAGUGCAGCGAUGUGAUCUGGCAGCGAGGGUUGCUGCGGAAGGGCUAUGGGCUCUGCCAUGGGUCAGCUGGAAAUGGCUACUCCUUCCUGUCCCUGUACCAUCUCACACAGGACAAGAAACACCUUUACCGAGCUUGCAAGUUUGCAGAGUGGUGUCUAGAUUACGGAGCACACGGGUGCCGCAUUCCUGACAGACCGUAUUCUCUGUUUGAAGGCAUGGCGGGGGCCAUCCACUUCCUCUCCGAUGUCCUGGGACCAGAGACAUCGCAGUUUCCAGCUUUUGAACUUGGCUCUUCACAGACGGACAAAAAGGUGCAAAAAGACAACUAAAAUACCCAGUUGGACCAAAAUCUAACAGAUUGCUGAGUGCCUGACACAGACCAACUACGAAUCCUGAGAGAGGACAACAAAGCACCUUCACAGCCCCGUGUUCCAAAGACCUUGCAGUUAGAGCAUGAGUGGAGAAGCCCUCUGUUGCCGUGGUGUAGCACCAUCUGCCUCACUGGUGUAAAAUAUGAAUUCUUCACAGCGUUUGCGUGCUUCUUGGUACUGUCUGUGGGGACACGUUGUUCGAACCAGAAAGCCCUUCUCUCCCUUUCCGUGAGUCCAGAGCCAGCCAUGCAUGAGUGUCCGGCAGUCGUUCUUGUGUCCAUAGCCUAUAAACAGGGAGCAGUCAGGCGAUGGCCUCCUCUUGUCUACCAGAGAGAUUGAUUACAGAGAGGUAGCCUCGGGACCACACUUUUCAACAUUUUCCAUAGGCACCGCCCCAGAAAUGGAGAAGAAACUGAACAGGGACGAGGACACUUGGCUGCUUUGAGGAAGUAAGCCCUUCCACAAGGGAACUGAGCACCCCCUGUCUUUCUAAGAACCCAGCGGGGAUCCUUUGCAGGUCUGUGAGGGCUCCCCAUUUGCAACAGACGUUCUAGGCACUUGGUGUAAAUCUGAAGACUAGUUUGCAGUCUAAGGCAGUCCGUGUCCUUGCAAAGGGACUUGAGGAAGUCGAGUGAAACUUGGUAAUGGCCUCCUCUAUCCCGUAGCAAGGACUAAGCAUUGACAGUUCUAGAACAUUUUCUCAGGAAUGUCUGAUUAAAACAUACUUCAGCUUAGUUAUCAACAGUAUUACCGAAACAAAGGGUAUAAUGUCAGAUAAUAACAGAAAGAUCAUAAACUAGAUUAAUCUCUCUGCAAUUUAUUUACCAAAUUUUUGAAAUAAGUUUAUCAAACUAUGAAUUUGGGAUAGGUAGUUGUUUUUUAUCCCUGUUUGGAUAAGAAAAAUCUUACAUUUUAUGAACUGUACUAGUAUAAAGCACCAUUCUGCAUUUGUACAUAUGGGAAGCAAUAUUCUAGUCAAGAAAAUGAUAUUAUUAUUUCACAUUUUAUAUUAAAACAUAGGGACAAUUAUUUGUAUUACCAUAUGCUCAGUAAUUCUGUCAUGAAAAUUUCAAUCUUUAGUAGGGUUUUUGUUACCAUGGUACCACUUAAGUAGUCUAGGGCUUUUAAGAAUUUCUCAAGUUGCAAACUCAGGCCUGGGUCAUAAAAGGGAAAAUGGGAAUUUCUGAUGCCUACAGGGUACUGACUAAACAUUUUAUCAGCCCCUGUUUCUACUCUUACCAUAAAGGAGAAAUGAGAAUGUUGCUCUAUGCCUUGUGUACCUCUUAGGGUAUGUGAACAUUGGUUUCUAAAUGGUGCCUCUCUAUAGUGUAGACAUUCUUGUCUAAGCCAUGGUUGGCCUCUUCAGGUAGACUGAUGACUUUUAGGGUAAUUGGUCCUUCUGUGUUUUAACUGGCCUCCUGGGUUUGAUGAUGGGCUUUCCACGGGGGUCACAGGAACCCCAUUUUGGGGUCUGGGCUUUCAGGAAUGAGCUAAGGGGAACUGUUUGCAGAAGACUUCCCACAAUAUCUAAAAUCUCCUAUCAUCCUGAAAACACUGUCCUCCUCAAAAAGAGCUCAAAAUAACAAAUGACAGAGCUUAUCACCCUCACCAACAGCAACCAUUACGGCUUUACCGGAAGCUGUUGUCAGAGCUUUCCCGUUGCUCAGAGGGCUCCCAUGGGAGAACACCUCCUCCCCAAGAGAACCUUCUAGUCAGAAGCUGUACCUCACAGAAGCCAGCUCUGGCCAAGCAGCUCCAGACCAGCAGGCAGUGUUCAGCUACCUUGGCUUCUGGCCAGGUGUCUUUCCUAACCUUGUUUGAAAAGCACUUACUAGGCUUCUGGACCAGUAUUCUGAGUACUUGUCGGAUAAGUGCGUCCCCAAAAGUUGUUCCAGAGAGCUGAGCGUCUCUUAAAGGAGACUUUAUUUACAAAGUUUGUAAAGUGGUCCUUGGGUUACACCUUGCCCUCAGAUGUUCAGUCCUUCACUUCCACAUUGACCCACCUGUCUGUUCCCUGGGCUUUUGAUGGACAGUACUUACAGCUCUUGGAGCACUUAAAGCUCAUAACAGUACUUAAAACUCUCAUUCAAGGCAGUGCUUAAAGUGAAAAGUCAGGCUGUUCUCCUCCGGAGGUUGGAGGGGAACAGCAAGGACAGAGGACAGAGAAUUUACAGAUUUCAGUGUAUUCAUAAGAACGUGCUUGAGUUCCGAUUGUGAACAGCCCACCUUCCUUUCUCAGACGCCGCUCCUGUCUAACCACACCGUGUCCUCCAGAAUAGGUCUAAGCACUAAAAAGAUGAACAUGCAUAAUAACAGUUUACAAUUUGGAGGAAAAAAGAUUGAUGUCCACAAAGAAGUGUUUGGGGUUCUUUGAUUUUGUUAGUAAAAGAUCGUUUUGUGGUGA